UAUAGAUUUUCUGGUGAAGAAUAAAACUUCCUGUUAUGAAGCUACGAUAGCUCAACGUGUGUGCCUUUUGCUAUUCUCUACCACAGCACCACACGUUGGCACAGGAAGCCAGUUGCCCCUCAGACGACAAACCUAGGGAGGCAACAAUGACCUAACGGGUUAGGCAGCUUUAACUCCAGGAAGGGAGAAUCUGAUCCGUCAUGAUCUUGAAGAGACAUUGAGGAGGUGAAAUCAGGCCAGAUGGAAAACCAAAUAAUAUAGAACUGGUGUAUCAAAAUGAGUCAACCAGUAGCUGAAAAAUGGACCAUAGAAGAUGUCCACCAGUGGCUGAUGACAGAGGUCAAAGUUCAUGAGAGCUGUGCAGGCAGAUUCAUUGAAGAGAAAGUGUCGGGGGAUUGCUUAGUUUUAUUCAAUAAAACAGACAUUUUGGACUUAGGAAUAAAACACGGUCCUGCUGUGAAAAUCACAGCUUAUCUGGAAAGUCUGAAAAAAGGAUCUAAGCAUCAACCAGAGUUCCCAGAAUAUGUGGAAAAAUGGACCAAGGAGAAGGUGAGCCAGUGGUUAGUGCAGCACGUGAAAGUAAACAGCAAAUAUGGAGAACGACUCCAAGAGGAAGAUGUCUCUGGAGAUUGCCUUGUUUGCUUCAGGAAGCAGGAUUUAGUGGAUCUGGAUGUGCAAAGUGGUCCUGCUGUAAAGAUUCUUUCAGAGCUCAAACAGCUGAACCAGAAACCAGAGCCGACACUGCAACCCAUCCUUCACACAGACCAAAGAGAAGCUACCAAACCCACUGAUCCAGGACAGGCUCAGGCCAAAGAAAUCAACCAGCCAGAACCAUAUGAAAAUACAGAAUCCAAAAGAGAUGAGAUGGUGGAAGAUAACUCCAAACAGACUCGGCUGCCAUUUGGUAAAACGUCAGAGGAAGAAGUUCAACAACCAAAACUACAGAACACAGGCGCCAGGAAGAAACAAACUGUUGUGCAGACCACAGUCCCACCAAACACAUCCAGGACUACUGUGGAGAUCGAGAGAACACUCGACAACCUUUCAAAUGAUGAUCUGAAAAGAUUUCAUUUCUAUUUACACAAUAAUUCCAAACAUGAACCUAUUUCUUGGGGUAAACUAGAGGGUAAAAACAGCAUGGACACUGCUAAGUUACUGACAGACCACUACAGAAACCAGGAAGCUCUACAGGUUGCAGUACAAAUUCUAAAGGAUAUAAACCAGCUGAAUCUUGCCUGUCAGCUAGAAAAGAAUACAAGUCAGCUGAUAAUGACUCCAUCAAAAGAAUCAAUGAAAAACGAAGCAAACCAGGGAGACAAGCUGAAGGAUUUGUUAUGUUGUGGUGGAAACUCACUUGAUGACUAUGACAAAUUUGUUGUCAUUGUAAACAAGAGCUGUCCAGAACAAGUUCAGUAUCUUCAGUUUCUGACUAAGAUGAAACUGUUCUGUGUGUUAGACUUUGACCCCAAUUCUGCUGCUUCAGGUGGACUGUGUCACUCAUACAGAGAGUCAAGAGUGGCUAAUCUGCAUACACCAUCACAAUUUCAAGGACAGACUGAGACAGUGAUGAAGAACCUCAACCUCUACAAACAGACCAGCUGGGUGUUCUGUAACGGCCGACAUGAUCUGGACAAUGACUCAGACUUGGAGCUGGAUUAUAAGAACUGGCUCAGGAAAACCUGCAGAGAUGUAGAGCAGUUAGUUUCAUUCAUCUGCAACCCUGAUGUUCUUCUCCAUGGAAGAUAUCUGAUCAUCUUCCUCUUACUUUCACCUGUGGACACAGAGAAAAAUCCAGUCUUUGAUAUCUACAAAUCAUUCAUAAAGAACACUAAAGAGGAAAACAUCAUCAGCAUAUGUGAGUCUCAGAGCACAUAUCUGAAAUGGAGGGAGCUGAUAAAUGAGAAGUGUGACUUUGACAUUGAGCCUCUGUCCAUAAAUGAACUAACCCUCAGUGAGAUCAAUGGCACCAUAAUGGCGAUGGGACCAGUCAGUCAGUCGUCUGUACGGCUGCUUCCCUCUCCUGGUUUCAGCGCUGUUGUCCUGAAGCAGAGGGAUGAAGACUUUUUGACAGCUCUAGAUGUUUUGUGUAUGAAUCAAUGUGAAAACAUAUAUGAUGAAAACAGUUUGGAGUUUCGUGAAUUCAGAAUCAGAGUUGAGCAGGAAUUCUACAGAGGGGGCAAAGUGAAAUGGUGGAACUUCUACUUCUGUGACAAAGAUGAACAGAAGCCAUUUAUCAAGAGAGACAAGUAUGAAAAUUUGAAGAAGAUGAUCAGAUCUCAGUGUAGAGAUUCAAACACGUGUGUUCUGCUCAACCUGUAUCACCAUCCAGGCUGUGGCGGCACCACCUUAGCAAUGCACGUGAUGUGGGACCUCCGUCAAGAAUUCAGAUGUGCUGUGCUGAAAGACAACUCCAUGCCCAAAACAGAAGUUGCCCUCCAAGUUAUUAAACUGAUGAAACUUGAAAGUGAGAAACCGUCUCCAGUUCUGCUGUUAAUCAAUGAUUCAAAAGAAACCGAGAUUCCUUAUGAUCUUGUGACCUACAUACGUAAAGCUGCAGUGGAGGAAAACUUAAAUCUAAGUGUGGGUGAUGCACCAAACUGCAAAGUCAUCAUUCUUAACUGUGUUCGUUCCCACAGUCCAAAGGAACAAUACAAACAGCACAAUCAAACACAAAACCAGUACAUAACUGCUUCUCUGACCUCACAAGAGCAGAAAGAUUUUGAAAAGAAACUCAUAGAACUCAAAGAAACUCACGAAAAACCUGAAAACUUUUACAGCUUCAUGAUCAUGAAGAACAAUUUUGAUCAGAAAUACAUUGAUAAGCUUGCUCAUAACACACUGGAGAACUUUGAUUCCAGCACAAAGGAGGCCCAGCUGUUUGGCUUUCUAGCCCUACUGAAUGCCUACGUGGCAGAAUCAGAAAUUGCUCUGUCUCUCUGUGAGGACUUUUUUGGGAUGAAAAUGAUUCGCUGGCCAGAGGACAGUGUUUUGGGCAGAAUGAAGCAGUUUGCAAACCUCCUCAUCAUAGACAGAGUUGAAGAGUGGGGCGGAUACAAAGGACUCCGGAUACUUCAUCACACCAUAGCAUCUGCCUGUCUGACUGAGUUGGAGAGAAGCUGCUGCAAGACAGUCAGCGAUAUCACUAUGCAGAUGCUCCAUUAUGAUCUGUUCUUCAGUGCUGGAGUCGUUAAAAACAGACUGAUGGGGUCAAUAAAGCAAAUGUUGAUUGAAAGGCAACGCAAGAAAGAUGGAGAUGAGAGAGAACAAUUUUCUCCUCUCAUUCACAAAAUCCACAAUGAGCAGGGGAGACAAAUUGUCCAAGAAAUCUUUGUGAAAGCCUCAUCCAGGUUUGAAAAAAGUGCAUCUAUUCCUCAGGCACUGGCGAGAUACUUGUACAUCCAUGAGCGUGACUUCCCAGAGGCUCUGAAGUGGGCAGAAAAAGCCAAGGACAUUAAAGAAAAUCCUUACAAUUUUGAUACAAUUGGACAAGUUUACAAAAGCAAUCUGAAGUCUAACAUGGACAGAGAAAAGCAUGAAAAAUCACACAACCCAGAAGACCUGCACACAAACAUUACAAUAGCCAUCAGUGGUAUGAAAGCUUUCCAAAGAGCUCAAGACCUGUCAGAUCUUGCAGAUAAACCACAAGAGGAAACACCUGACGAUGACUCAGAAGACUACCCGAGAAAGUCAUACAAUGUUUAUGGCUAUGUGACCAUGUUAGAAAUUGCUUUCCUGGUCUUUGAGAUUCUGAGCAGGUUGCCUUUCUUUGAGCAACGCAACCCCAUGAAGAAAAAGUACUUGCAAAGUUUUCUUAGAGGAACAAUUAGAAUCAGUACUGUUUACAAAGAGGACAAUGAGAUCAAUAACAGAUAUGUUGAGAUAAUCAGUGAACACGAGCAGUUUCUCGUUGAUCUGAAAUCUGAAGUAAAAAAAAUACUUGAUUUCCUUGAUUGUUACUUUGCCUACACAAAAGCAAAUUCUGAAUUUGAUGCAAUGAAUCAUAGAACAGUCUCUGAACAUUUUAAGAAGUAUGUGCAGCUUUUCUGUACGACACCAGAAGAAAUGAAAAAAGAAAAAGAAAACCAAUCCAACCUUACUUUGAAAUUAGAUAUUGAGGAACGGAAAUUGUUUCUUGAGAAGAACCAAGCAGACACGUUCUCAGGAAUACUUCAGCAUUUGGACAAACCUGCCAAAGAGAUGGAGAGGAUCACAGAAUGCUAUGCAUUUCUGCAGGAAAACACUGACAACCAGCAGCAAAAUGUUAAAAUGAAAAUUAAUUACAUCUUAUCAAACAUUGUUCUUUACCAUCUGAAACCAAAAUCUAAACAUGUCAAAAGUUACAGAUUCCUUUCUAAUCUCCUUUUGGGAACUCUGCAGAGUGUAGGACUUUGGCAUUCCCUCCCAGACCCGUAUUACCUCGCUUUGCUUUUAUUCUGGCCCAGUCCUACUGAUAAAAACACAGAAAUUGGAAAAUAUGUCACAGCCAUUCGAAAGUCCUCCUACAAACACCUUGCCAGUUUAUUUCAUAAGAGAAGCACUAUUGCUCACUUUUACUUAACAAAAGAGGACGGACUAAAGAAGCUUGUCUCCAAACCCAAACUGGAUGAGAGUUUUCUGCCUAAGAUGCCUCGUGAUACCUUGGCACAACUUUGGAGGAAUGGAGACAUAUUUAAGGAAGAAGCAAUCAUCAGCCGCCUCCACAGGGUCAGUGGAACCAUUGAGGAAGGAAAGGUGUAUGCAAACUACGGUACGCAGAAGAUCCUGGUGCGGCCAGCUCUCAUUAGUGGAAUCAGAAGUGGCUUCAGCACAGAAAAGGUGUCUUUCUACCUUGGAUUUGCCAUUAAUGGACCACUCGCAUAUGACAUUAAGUAUGAAAACUAAGACACAUACUAUACAGUCCAACAAGUGAGCCAAGAAACUGAAGUGAAUGAGUCUAAUUACUGUUAAAAAAAGAAACACCUCGUAAAAUAAUGCAUAUAAAAAGAGAUACAGUAAUAAAAACUGUACACUAAAACUGGACAAAAUGCAUAUACUUGUUUAAUAAUUUAGUUUAUUGGAAGAAUUUGAGACUUUGUAGGCAACAUGUAUACUCAGAUAUGUUUAUGUUUUUCAGACUGUUCCGCUGUGGAUGUUGUACUAACAGCAGGGACUGUAAAACAUUAAUACUGGUCACUUGAAACAGCAUAUUGAAAAUAUGUAAGAAAUAUAAAAUUAUUAUUUUUCAUUUGAAGAACGUUGUAAUACUAACAAGUGAUGAAGUCAUAUCUUGGUUUUUGAGACAGCUAUUUGUGGAAUAAAUGCCAUUGUAGAAAUUUAUAUUAAUACAUGUGUUCUGCAAACUGAAUGAUAAAAUAUACAAAUGUGUGUUUUUGUACAUCUGAUCAUAAUUUAGGAGGUCUUUGUUGAAACUUGAUCAUCUUAUAUGAUGGAUGUAUAUGUAAGGGGACAACUAAUAUGGUGAUGUAAAUGUUCAUACAUGUGGAAUAUUUUGAUAUUGUUCUGUGUUCUGUUAAAAUAUUGAGUAUGAAAGUCCACCAAUCUUUUGCAUUUUUUUCAUUUGGUCAUAUGUGAAGGGUAUACUGUUUUUCAGUGAUUGAGUAUGUAUCAGUUGCCUAUGUUUUUCCAGUUCCCAGUAUUCACAAGUAAUUCAGGAAUGGCCCCUAAUCUACUGUAUACUGUAUGUGUACUGCACAGUUUCUGCCACAAGGUGGUGCUAAUUAGUAAAUAAGACACAUUGUUCGUAGAAAAAGUGGUAGAAGAAAAAACUCUUGUUCUGUUGUUGCUUUUUUUUUGGUUCAUUCAUAAAAAAGAAGUGGUGACGGGAGAAGCUCUCGUCGGGGCACCGGAGAAUGUGUUUGCGGACUAUGUAA